GUGAGGGGCGGGAGAGCGCGGCGCCGCGGCGGGGAGCCCCCGGCGCUGCCCGCCCAGCAUGCUGCGCAAGGCUGAGGUUUUGAACAGCUGUUGCACUCUGAAUCCAAAGCUUCCAGAAAGCCAUGAGGUACCUGAUGACUUCACUGGGUUCUAGAGCUGCUCUUAAAUCCUAAUGUCACUGCCUCUAAAUGACUUCACUUGGAAAUGGAUAAAUCAGCAAGAUCUCCAAGCAAGGUGGAAAGACAUGACAUGAAUACCCUGAGUUUACCACUUAACAUCCGCCGUGGAGGUUCUGAUACCAACCUGAACUUUGAUGUACCAGAUGGGGUCCUAGAAUUUCACAAAGUCAAACUCAAUGCAGAUAGCUUGAAACAGAAAAUCCUCAAAGUUACAGAGCAAAUCAAGGUUGAGCAAACAGCUCGAGAUGGAAACGUGGCUGAGUAUUUGAAACUGGUGAACAGUGCAGAUAAGCAACAGGCUGGGCGCAUUAAGCAAGUCUUUGAGAAAAAGAACCAGAAAUCUGCCCACUCCAUUGCCCAGCUGCAGAAGAAAUUGGAACAGUAUCACAAAAAGCUCAAGGAUAUUGAACAAAAUGGAUCUUCCAAAGCUACCAAGGAUACUUCCAAAGAUAACUUGAAAGACGUUCAACAUGGAAAGUCUCGUAGCAGUGGGCACGGAACAGAGAGCAGCAAGUCGGGUGUGCCGGGUGUAUCUCUGACACCACCUGUCUUUGUUUUCAGCAAGUCUAGAGAGUUUGCCAACCUGAUCCGAAACAAAUUUGGUAGCGCAGACAACAUUGCUCAUCUCAAAAAUACCCUGGAUGAAUUUCGGCCAGAAACGAGUUCUAGAACCUAUGGGGGCAGUGCCACCAUUGUUGCCAAACCAAAAUAUGUUAGUGAUGAUGAAUGCUCAAGUGGGACCUCUGGAUCAGCAGAUAGCAAUGGGAAUACCUCCUUUAGUCCUGCUGUGGCAAGUACCCUGGACAGCCAAGGAAAGCUGUCCAUGAUUUUGGAGGAACUAAGGGAAAUCAAGGAGACACAGUCCCAGUUAGCUGAUGAUAUUGAGAAUUUAAAAGCCCAAUUUAAAAGAGACUAUGGCUUUAUUUCUCAGAUGCUGCAAGAGGAAAGAUAUAGAUAUGAAAGAUUGGAAGACCAGUUAAAUGACCUCACUGACCUUCAUCAACAUGAGACAGCAAACUUGAAACAAGAGCUAGCCAGCAUAGAGGAGAAGGUGGCAUAUCAGGCCUACGAGCGAUCACGAGAUGUUCAGGAAGCCUUGGAAUCAUGCCAGACCCGGGUUUCCAAACUGGAGCUCCAUCAGCAAGAACAGCAAGCACAGCAGUCUGAAACAGUUAAUGCCAAAGUGCUCCUGGGGAAGUGUAUAAAUGUUAUCCUGGCCUUCAUGACUGUCAUCUUAGUCUGCGUUUCUACUAUUGCAAAGUUCAUUGCUCCUAUGAUGAAGAGCCGUUUUCAUAUCAUCUGCACUUUUUUUGCAGUGACACUGCUGGCAAUAUUUUGUAAAAACUGGGAUCAUAUCAUUUGUGCUAUAGAAAGGAUGAUUAUACCAAGAUGAAGCUGUUUGACUGUCUGGGUUUUUUUUUUUUUCUUUUUUCCCCCCUUUUUUCUUCCCCUCACUGUUUUUUAAGCACUGUGUGUAUACAAAUUCUGGUGUAAAUAUAUAAAAGUAUACUUGUUGGCAGUCAGUUGCCUGUUCAACCUGAUUUUGUCUAACUGACUGUAUCUGUGAUUAACUGCUCACUUAAGUCAGUCUUCUGCCUUAAUCCAAAAGGUUUUUCACUUUCCAAACCCAUACCCACAAAAGAUGGUAUGAUGGUCUGGGAGGGAUCCCAGCAACUGCAAGUGUCAGGUGUGCUUUUUACUAGGCUGGAGUGCAAAGAGUGUGAUCAAGAGGGAGUGCCAUAAUGUGUAUCAGCUCUGCUAGAAUGAUAGUUAAUUUUCUCUCUGAAUCCAACUAGAGUGAUAAGCCAAACUAUGCAGUCAUGCGUAUUGAUAGUUCUAGACUCUAAAUUAAUGGGUAUCAUUACAUGGGAUUUUGAGUUUUCAAGAUUAACAGAACUUGAUGCUUCUGCUAGUAACUUUUUGCACAGAGUUUAUUGUUUGUAAAUGAGACCACUGAUGACUACUGACCACAGUUAGCAGUUGUUCUGUGCUGGCACUGUUCCUGAGCACAUUCGGGAAACACAUACAUGUGGCUUAAGACUUCAAAAGAAGGACUGAAUUGAAUUACGAGGUCUCCAGGCAACUUUGCAAAGGAGUUAAGAAGCAAGAAACUGGUAGGUAAGUUGUCAUCCACACCAAAGCACUCACUUGUUCAAGCCCUGCAACCUGCAAGGGGAAAGAAGUACACGGAAAGGCAACAUUGAGGUUAGCCUUUGUUAGCACUGAAUUGUUGGGGUGUUCUGACUGAAUGCAAAGCAUACAGGUGGUGGGACCCUGGGUACAGUGGAUUUCUUUCUUCUGUCAGAUUCAAGAAUGUGGCAGAAACGUAAGGGAACAGCUUCUUAGGGGGAGCAGGGAGUUAAACUGUAAAUAUAGGAACUGUAGACACUCUCAACAAACAUUCCUGAAAAUAAUAUAUUAACAUGCAGUAUCACUACUAGGAGACAGGGUUGGGUUUGUUUUCCCACUAGAAUUUAUUUUGCUUGAUUUAAUAACUGCAAAAAAAUAUCCCUGAAAUAAGCUUGGCUUUCAGCCAUGAUGUAAAACAAGAUCUUUAUUAAAAAUAAACAAGCAAAAAAAAAAAAAAACAAAAAAAAAAAAAACACCACAAAACAAACCACCACAACCAGAAUUCUUCUCCACGCUCCAUUAAGUGAAAAAACAGUGUCUCCAAUUAUUUGAUGUUCAGUGUUAGUAACUGUGAAAAUAAUUGUCAUUACAUAUUUUCUUUUCAGUUGCAGUAUUUUUUAUGCUGGUAUUAUGGGAGGGAGGGCAUAGUUUGAUGUGUAUAUUUCUUUUUAAUCAAGUGCAAUAGUUGGUACAGAAUUUGUGAAGUCCUUAUUCUGAGGAAAGAGAGUGGGUGAGAGGAAGGCAGGGAAGAACUCUGACAUUUUACCACAGUCAGAUAAACAGUGAAUAGUUACUAUUUGUGGCUUCAGAAACUAAAGAAAUGACAGAAUUAACUUAAUAAAUAAUGAUAUAACUCAACAUUUAGAAAAUUCAAUUAAAAUACUUAUAAAUAUUUAAAGAAUUCUUUAUAUAUCCUAAGUCUUUGCACAGAGAAUCAGGAAGGACUGUGCUGGUUUGCAGUCACUGGAAAUGGAUCAGAUCAGGCACACCCAUGUUAUCUUAACCUAGCCCUAUCUCAUCUCAAGUGGGAAGUGGAGUGGAAACCAAAACCAAACAAACAAGAACCCAAACAAGACCAACAACUGCUUCUGAUCCUAAGAAUGCUGUGACUUUUCAUGGUGUUUUCUUGCCAUCUCUGUUAUAAUCUCCAUUCUUCUCUUCAGCUUGCACGGCCAACUUCUGCAUUGGCCUCUUGAGAAAAUAGUUAGUUUAGUAUUUUGUUAAAUGGUUUCAGAAAGGUAGACAUGCAAGAAAGGAAUACCAUGCGUUAAUAAUGUUUACAUAAGAAAAACUCCUUUACCUAUUGCAUGAUUAUACAUUUAUAUAAUCCUCCCAUUGCUAUUUUAUACAGCUGAAAUGUUACAUCAGGUAGCUUCAAGGACAGGCAGGAAAAAGGUUAGUAUUUUUCUUAUAACAAAGGAUGUUGGUGUGGUAAUUCACAUUCCCUUCACACCUGGGAAUGUGAAAGCUUCUGCUCCAAGGGCAUCUUGUUACAACUCUGGAAGAUAACCUCAGUGCAAAAUGAAGGUAGAAUCUAAAAUUUAUGUCUCUACAAAAGAUUGCUCACUAUCUUGACAGAAUCUGACAGGGCCUAAAUUCUAAAUUGGAAACAGGUCUUGCACUUCCAUAUUGGCUUUACAUCUGGUAGAGGACAUAGAAAAAGCUAUAAAGGCUGCAUAACAUUAGUUAUGAAAAUUAAAACAACCUAAUUGGUGAAUGGGUACAUCUCUUCUCUAGGUUAUUUUCUCUGCUGGGUUUAAAUCACUGCAGGAUAUGACACACAUCAAGAAAACAACAAAAAAUGUAAAGUGAAGGGCAAAAGCCUGCUUUUGAGUGAAAUUGUUAUCGUUUUGUACAGAGUGAGACUCUAGUGCCAGGAGCUCUGCCACGCCGAAGGCCACCCAAGGAGGGAGGUCUCCCAUCCUGCCUUCAUCAUCACAUUUCUUACCUUGUGCUAACACUGGUAUGUGGUGAAGUCUUCCAUAUGCCAUGUUAGCUCACUAGACUGGAAGAAAAACCUAAUGAAAGAGGUAGAUGGUUCUCCACAUCCAGAGACUUAAAGGGCUGGCAAAAAGGUCGCAUGAGUAUGAAGCUGGGAUUUUAAGGGAGAUGAGCUUUUUUCUUCUUGUUGCACUGAAUCAUUAGCUAUCCCUAAAACUGGGCUCCAGGCAGACUCUCUGCAGAUUGUUGGGGCAGUUUCAGUGUAGAAAAAUUCUUCCUAACUUUUUCCUACAGGGAACAGAUACAAACAGCCCCAGUAUGUGGUGGGACAGGCUAGCCACCUGUGUCUGUACUCAGGGUCAAGAGAAGGCUGGUGCCUGAACUAGCCAGAGCUGAUGCCUCUGCCAUUAGCUUGAGUAUGGGCAUCACUUCCCCCCUUUAGGCUGGGAUUGUGUGUUUUACAUAUUAGUGUGUGUAUCUGGCCUGCAGUCUGAGCUCUGCUUCCUGUGAAAGUAUGCCUAGGCCAACCCAAAGACCUGCAGUUCUCUGUUCAGCUUCUCAAUCAGUUAACCAUGUUCUGUCAAGAGACCAUUUGCUUUUAUAUUCUCAUACAACACAUCAGACAUUCUUAGGAUACUCCUUACAUCUACUCAUCAUGAGCCUCUAAAACACUCCCACUCAACAAAAAGUUGCCAGACUGUGUCUUUUCUCCUUGGUGCUGCCUGGUACGCAAGUAUUUCACUUCACUUCAGUAGUAGUUCUCUGAUGGAAAAGCCCUUCAAUAAGCUGUUAAUACCUAUUCUACCUGUUUGGCAGCUUUUUGUUUCAAGGUUUCUGGAGAUUUAGUUUCUUAUGGAAGUUAGCACAAUUUUCCUGAUUUCUCCUGUUUCAACAUUCAGGACUACAUGAGGUUUCCUCUAAAAAUUGUCUAAUGGAUCUCUCUGCUAGCUCCAACUCUAUUAUUGUUGAAAGUCCAAUUAGUGAUUGGCAGGACUGAUCAAGACCCAGUUUAAACUCCUCCUUCUUUCUGCUUUAUAUUAUAUGCAUUCAUGCAACUUCUCAUUUUAUUGCAGUCCUGUGAUGUCUAAUUGCUCUGAAUUCUUAGAGAGGCGCUAAAAAAUUUCACUGUAUUUUAGUUUAAUAUCAAAAUGUUUGUGUUAUGCAGUGCCUCUGCUGCAGGACAUCUAUCAAUAUAGAUCUGAUGUCUGCACUCCAGGAAGGAUAUUUAAAAGCCAAUGGUUUUCUGUGAACAAAUAAUGACUGCUUUUCUGGGCAAUAGCAAUGCAAAAGGUGAAGACAAUUCGCUGUAGGAAAGAUAUGUGAUCCACUCACCAGGAGUCAAAGCUAGACAAAUCCAGUGUAAGCAUAAGGUUCAGUUUUGCAAUCAUAAGGGUUGCCAGCUAAUUAUUAGCUACUGAAUGAUAUAAUAAGCAAGGACUCCAACAUUUGAAGUUGAAUUAGUUCAGGCUUAUGUUUGAGACAAAGUUAACUGCAUAAUAACAAUUAGUGCUUUCUGAAAUCAAAAUCAUUGAACAAGAAAUUCAGGAACAAAACAGGAAAACACAGAAGCUUGUAAUUCAUUUAGAAGGUGUGAGAGCAAAUUUUCUUGUUUGGUUGUUCUUGUUUUGGGAAACCAAGUCCCUUUCCACUAUGAUUGAGACCUUUUACUGCUGGAUUCAAUGAUACAACAGAAAAGAAACAGACAUUAAUGUAAUUAAACACUUUAAUUUUGAUAGCAAAAUUUAAUCCCUUCUGAAAGUCCAUUUAGGACUAGUAAUCAGGCAAAUUUAUUCUCCGCUAUUUUUAAUCAACCAAAUAUAUAUCUGCUUUUUUCAUUCACCAUCAUGCCAGAACAUGGCCUUUAAGUACAGGAGAUGAUAAAGGGCUUGUUUUCAGAUAAAUUUCGAAUGGUCUCUCUGAUGCUGAUCCUGCACAAAGUAUCAGACAAUUUUACAUUGCAACAAUGAAAGACUAAGAAAAGUUUUACUUUAGUCAAUGAAAUUGCUUAUUUCCCUGAAAAAGCCAACUGAGAUGACGUUGUAUAUAAGGACUGCAUGAGGCCAAGUCAAACUGUCUUGUACAGUUGAUUUGCUGUACGUUUAGCAUAUUAAGUUGUACUGUUGUUGGAAAGUUUUGCACAAAGCCACCUUUCCUUUUUACCCAGGGAACCUGGGUCUGGUAGUAUCAAGGUGUACCAAAAAUUGUCUGCUUUUAAUGACUAAAGUUAAUAGUCUUGGUGUGUGACCUGCAAUGUUUCUCAUAGUAUUUCCAUUUUGUGCAGCACCGUGGAAAGAUUCAACUAUGAAAAUGUAAUUUUUGUAUAUUUGGUUGUGUAGUCAUGACUGCCUCUAAGGUGCCAUUAACAUUUUUUAAAAUAAAAAUAUUUACAUUUA